AUGAAGGGAAUAUUUGGUUUCGCCCCCGGGCUGUCUGCUGCCUCCACUGCUGCUCCUGCUGCUGACAGCAGCAGCAACAGCAGCAGCAGCAGCAGCAGCAGCAGCAGCAGCAACAGCAGCAGCAACACAAAGCUAGGGAUGCUCUUUGGAGGGGCGCCUUUUCAGUUUCCAGCGCAACCACAGCAGCAGCAGCAGCAGCAACUGCAGCAGCAGCAACUGCAGCAGCAGCAGCAACAGCAGCAGCAGCAGCAGCAGCAGCAGCAGCAUGGCCAUGUAAAGCCAUUCCUCUUUAGCUCCAACCCCGCAAAGAAGUCUGCUGCUAUCUUCAGAGGCAGAUAUACAUUCCCCAAGCAGCAGCAGCAGCAGCAGCAGCAACUGCAGCAGCAGCAGCAGCAAGACGAUGUGGUUUGCUGCUGCUUCACGGGUGCAGCAGCAGCUGCUGCUGAUGAAGGCCAAGCAUUGCAUGUCUUCCGGCUGCUGCAGCAGAGCAGCAGCAGCACGCGGGGGCACAGCAGCUCAACGGUGCUGAUUGGCUGCUACCUCUUGCAGCAGCAGCAGCAGCAGCAGCACCAGCAGCAGCAGCAGCAGCAGCAGCUAGAAGAAGUGGGGGUAUUCGAGGUGUAUGUCCCCGGGUAUGACGUCGACGAAAAAGAAAAAUUUAAUUUUAUUUGUUGCAGCAGCAGCGGCAAAGCAAUUGCUGUUUGCUGCUCAGCUGCAUGCUGUGUUGCUGCGGUGCCUCCACUGCAGCAGCAGCAGCAGCAGCAGCAGCAGCAGCAACAGCAGCAGCAGCAGCAGCAGCUGGAUAUGCGCAUGCCUAGAGCGCCCAGCAGCAGCAACUACUGCCGCAAGACCAAUGGAAAACUCUUGCUGCUGAGCAACAGCAUGCAGCAGCAGCAGCAGCAGCAGCAGCAGCAGCAGCAGCGUGUCUUUGUGCAUGCAUCGUUUCACCCUUUCUCUGACUGGGCUGUUGCAGUCCUCACCCAUGAGUCUAUCCCUACAGCAGCAGGAGCAGCAGCAGGAGCAGCAGCAACUGGGUUUCUAGCAGCAGCAGCUGCAGCAGCAGCAGCAAAUGAUAGCAGCAUGCAUGCAGUGCUGCGGCUGUUCGAUAUCUGCUGCAGCACGGAGACACCGGAGCAGGAAAUUUUGCUGCCAGCAGCAGCAGACUCAGCAGCAGCAGCAGCAGCAGCAGCAGCACCGUUUGCUGCAGCAGCAGCAGCAGCUCCUGCUUUUGCUGCUGCUGCUGCUCGAUCCUCCCUGGCUUCUUCUUUCUACUUUGGUGCUGCAGCAGAGAGAAUACACCUCUGGUCUGCUGUUGCUGUCUUUGUAUCAUACCCACCCAGCAGCAGCAGCAGCAGCAACAGCAGCAGCAGCAGCAGCAGCAGCAGCAGCUGUCUUUGCCUCUCUCCUUUUCUCCCAGCUCGAGCGCAGCUGCCGCCUGCCCUCGCGCUGCAGCUGCACGAUGCUACACUGCAGCAGGAGCUGCUGCAGCAGCAAGGGGGGAGCAGCAGCAGCAACAGCAGCAGCAGCAGCAGCAACGCUGCUGCUAAGGAAGAAAAUGCUUGCUGCAUAGAUGCGCUGCAGCAGCCGGAAGUUGCCUUGUGGCUGAGCGAGUGGACCAGCAACAACAACAACAGCAGCAGCAGCAGCAGCAGCAGCAACAGCAGCAGCAGCAGCAGCAGCACCACACUACAGCCAGUGCCGCAGCGACUGUUGCUGCCUCCUCUACCACGGGCAGCUGCAGCACAGCAGCAGCAAAAGGCGGAGAUUCUAAUCAGUACAUCCCCGCUGCUGCUGCUGCUGCGCUGCAGCAGCAGCAGCAGCAGCAGCAGCAGCAAGCUACAGCUGGAAUGCCUCGCAAGCGCAGACACGGUGCAGCCACGCCUGCAGAAGAAAGUCUCACUGGGGCAGCAGCAGCAGCAGCAGCAGCAGCAGCAGCGGCAGCAGCAGCAGCAGCAGCAGCAAUGCCUGUCUUUCGUGUCGCUUGCUUCUGCGGAAGGACCACUGGUCAGCAGCAGCAACUCGCUGGAGCUGCGCCCUUUCCCUGCCUUGCCUAGCAGCAGCAGCAGCAGCAGCAGCAGCAACAGCAGCAGCAGCAACAGCAGCAGCAGCAGCAGCUGCUGCUGCGCACUCGUCUGCUGCAGCAACGGCGCCUUCCGCGUGGAUGUAAAGGGCAUCUUCUCCCCUGUGCAGCAGAAGCAGCAGCAGCAACAGCAGCAGCAGCAGCAGCAGCAGCAGCAGCAGCAGCAAGGACAAAGAGUGUGCAUGUCAGUUGCUGCUCUCCCCUUUGCUGCUGCCUCGAAAUUUCUGCCGCAAAAUUUCCCGCAUUACUCAUCGCAGCAGCUGCUGGUUGCUGUUGCUGCUGCUGCACCACCAGCAGCAGCAGCAGCAGCAGCAGCAGCAGCAACAGCAGCAGGAGCAGCAACAACAGCAGCAACAGCAGCAGAAACAAAGACAGCAACCGAUGCUGCUGCACUGCUUGUACUAGACUUAGACGCUGCUGCUGCUGCUGACACAUCAUCGUCUAUAAACAGCUGCAGCAGCAGCAGCGGACAGCAGCAGCAGCAACAGCAGCAGCAGCAGCAGCAGUCGCAGAUCAGCACGCAGGCUGCUGCUGCUGUCACCGCAGCGUACCAGCAGCAGAAGCAGGGGCUGCUGGAGCUGCGUCGGCAGCGCAUAGCAGCAGCAAAAGCAGCAGCAGCAGCAGAAGCAGCUGCAGCAGCAGCACCGAACAGCAGCAGCAGCAGCAGCAGCAGGAAGGCACGGAGAGCAGCAGCAGCAGCAGCAGCAGAAGUUGCUGUUGCUGCUGUUCAAUGGAUAGACACAGCUGAGUCGACAUUCCUAAAAGAGGAGCGGCAGCAGCUGCUGCUGCUGCAGCAAACGGCACCGUUGCUGCUGCAGCGCAGAGCAGCGGUGCUGCAGCAGCAGCUGCUGCUGCAGGCAGACGAAGCAGAACGCAUGCAGCAGCAGCAGCAACUGCAGCAGCAAAAGAUGGAGCAACUCGAAAUACAAUCGGCAAAUGUUCCUUCACUAGUUCGCCUGACAGCAGCAGUGACAGCACAGGUGUUGGCUAUACAGCAGCGGGAGCAGCAGCUGCAGCAGCAGAUGUGUUGUCUUGCUGCUGCUCAAGGCAUGCGGCUGCGCGAGCUGCCCCUCAGCAGCAGCAGCAACACGGAUACCAGCAGCAGCAACAGCAGCAGCAGCAGCAGCAGCAGCAGCCUAGCCUUCCAUCGAGUGUGA